GGAGUUGAUGAAAACCUAUAUACUAAACAGGUUUAUUCAAACGAGGAUCUUUAUAUAGAUCACAAAGUUCUAGUGGACAAUACUGAGAGUCUUGAUAAUCAAAAAGUUAAUAAUAUUGAGAAUCUUGAUGACCAAGAGGUUCCAAAUUAUACUGAGAGUUUUGAUUCAGACAAAGAUGAAUUAGAUCAUUUUAAAAUUCCUACUAAGAUUCCAGAGGAUGAAUAUGAUUUCUUAUUUUUUUCUGAUACUGAUUAA